AUGAAUAGAAACCGUCGUGAUGGACAGCGUGAUAUCAAACGGGAGCGUCGUAGCCGAUCAAGGAGCCCAAGAAGAAGUAUUGUUUGCCAAAAUUAUCUUUCUCAGCAGAUAUCCGCUUGUCGUAUCGGCGCCGCAGUUGGAAGUAACAAUGGAAAUGCGUCCUCGAAUAAUCGUAUGGUUUAUAUCACCAACAUAGCCUAUGAGGUGCGUUGGGUCGACUUGAAAAGCCUGGUCCGCGAAAAGGGAGGUGAGGUGACGUUCUGCGAGCUAUUAGAAGACGGCAACGGAAAACCGAAAGGUAACGCUGUCGUUGAAUUCGAAACACGUGAAGGAGCCGUUAAUUGUGUCGCUAAUCUCCAAAAGUACGACUGGAAGGGACGAAGCAUUAUCGCAAAGGAGAUUCGGGAUCCGACUGCGUUCUUCCGUACUAUCAAAGCUGAAACAGGAAUAGACUAUCUUUCUCGUACCGGAGGUAGCGGGGCGGGAGGAGGUCGAGCCCAUCAAAACAAAGAUCACGAUCGUCCUUCACGUACUGGAACAUAUGAUUUAUUCGGUCUCAAUAUGGAAUUCCUCCGUCAGCACAGCAUCGAGCCUCCCCUUUGUGAGCGAAUCUUCAUCGCGAAUUUGGCAUUCAAUGUCGGAACUGACAAGCUUUACGAGGUGUUUGGAAUGGCCGGCAAGAUCAGCUGGAUGGACUUCCGUAUCGACAAAGAAGGAAAAACCAAGGGCGUUUGCGUUAUCCAAUAUACACACCCGAUAGAAGCUGUGCAAGCCAUCUCAAUGUUCAAUGGUCAACGUCUUUUCGAUCGAAACCUUGUCGUGAAAAUGGAUCGCUUCGAGAAGGAGCCAGAACACAAAGAAGGUGGACUUCCUCGUGGUCUUGAGUCGAUUGGAAUGGGCCUUGGAGCCGACGGAGCCCCACUUGCAAAUGUACACGGAAUGUUCCCAAGUGAAGCACCACCACCGUUCAAUGCUCCUCAAGCUUCAUUCAUCUCCGGACCACAAGUCAGUAACGUCGCUGGAUUCACACCUGGUGUUGCAGAACAGGCUAACUUCUCGAGAUCUGUUAUACCUAACGGACCUUUUGGUAAUAGUAAUGCUGGCGUUGCUACCUUCCCUGCUGAUGUAUUCGGAGGAACUGGAGCUGCAGGACUGUCGGCAGCUGGAGCUCAGUCAACCAGAGUUAUCGUAAUUCGUAACCUCCCAACCGAUUACACCUGGCAAAUUGUCCGAGACCGUGUUCGUAACUUUGGAGAAGUUGAUUCUGUUGAUAUGAUGGCUCCGGGAGCUGCUCGUAUUCGCUUCGCGUCAUUCCAAGACGCCGAACGUGCUCGUGCUGCUUUAUAUGGAACAACAGUUGAAGGAAGAGUUAUCAGCGUCGAUUAUGCGUGA